GCUCUCUGACAAAAGUGGUUUUCACAUGGCUUGAAACCUACACCAUGGGUUAAUUUAAUAGCACUGGAACUAAUUUGUUAUUUUCAGAGCUGUUUUAAUAACCGCAGGUGCACAUAAACAAAAAAGUUUGUUUGUAAGAGAGAAUUCAGUCCGAUGACAAGUUCCCAAUUUGCGCGCUUGCUUCUUUGUUUUCUACUGUCCUUGGAAAUCUCCCUAAUGUCUGCCCAGAUGAUGUCCUCGCUGGUAAAGCCGGGCGUCUUCCGGCAUCUAAUGUGCCGCACCAACAUGUACCCGCGCAGCUCCAUCCUUCGCUUUCCUGUUUCCGACGAGCAAGUCUUCUGGUCGAAUCCGUAUCCGGAUUACUGCCCACCAGACUACACAUCUCCACAUAUUGGCGGCCAGGUUUGGGCCGAUCCUCCCCUGUCCAGCGAAACGUUCCGGCCUCAGUGGAAUCAAUUGGAUGGUCAGGUAAACCGAGAGUCCUUCCACGGCGCCUACAAAGUGCAGGGUGGGCUGCCCCUGAAUCCAAUCGGACGCACUGGACUAAGUGGACGUGGAUCACUGGGAAGAUGGGGACCCAACCAUGCUGCUGAUCCUAUAGUGACUCGCUGGAAACGAAACGACCACGGAGUCAUUGUAACCAACCCAACCAGCGGAAAGAACAUUUUACAAAUGGUGGCCAUCCAGCGGUCGGACAACAAACUGUGGGCCAUUCCCGGCGGCAUGGUCGAUCCUGGCGAGAACGUGAGCGUCACUCUAAAGCGGGAAUUCACCGAGGAGGCUCUAAACUUUACCGACAAGGCCAACAUGGUGGAGCAGUUCUUUCGCGAGGGUGGAGUUCAGGUCUACCAAGGAUAUGUAGACGACUUCCGUAACACAGAUAACGCGUGGAUGGAAACCACGGCCAUCAACUUCCAUGAUGAAGACGGUAGCCAAGUGGGCCAACUGGAGCUAAUGGCUGGCGACGAUGCUUCCAAUGUGCGUUGGACGGACGUCAACUCGGAUUUGAAGCUGCACGCCAACCACGCCGACAUUGUAAGAGAGGUUGUCAUCAAGCGGAAUGCGCACUGGUAAAAUCCUGUGCUGAUCCGUCAACAUUAUAAAAAGUUGAGGCCAUUGGAAUUUAACCAGGAGCUUUAUACUAAAAACUCACUAAUCAUAAAAAGAAGGAAAUAUUUUUUCAUGAUUAAAAGCAUUUUUUUGUUUACUAUGGGAGAAUCACAAAAAUGUA